CAUCUACCUCAGUUUAUAAGCUAAUAUUCGAUUUACUCAGCUUCCUAGCUUCCUGCCAUGGCGACGGCCACCGCAUCCACCGUCAACAAGUCCGCGUCCACCAUCGUCUCCAGCACGGAGAGCGGGCAGCACCUGCUCAAGAUCGACGGCUACUCCCGCAUCAAGGACACCAUCGCCAACGGCAGCUUCAUCCAGUCCUGCUCCUUCACGGUCGCCGGCUACCGCUGGUGCAUCCGCUACUACCCCAACGGCAGCCACUCCUACUGGCCCGAGUACAUCUCCCUCUACCUCUACCUCGCCAGCUAUGUCAACCAGGGCGUGCGAGCACAGUUCUCGUUCAGCUUGCUCGACUACGACGGCGGGGAGCCGGUGACUGCGUACCGCAACGGCGGCUUCACCUUCACCAACCACAGCGACGUGGAGGGGGCGCGGCUCUUCUUCAACAAGGGCGUACUGGAGCGAUCGGGGAACCUCCUCCGGGACGACUGCUUCACCAUCAGGUGCGACCUCACGGUCGUCAAGCCACCGGAGGCGAAGGAUAUCGACGUCGCCGCCAGGCCAGCUGCGUCGCCGCCGGUGUCGGUGCCGCCGUCGGACCUGACUCGCCACCUCGGCGGCCUCCUCGCCACGGGGGAGGGCGCCGACGUGACGUUCGAGGUCGACGGCAGGACGUUCGCGGCGCACAGGAGCGUGCUCGCGGCCCGGUCUCCGGUGUUCCACACGAGCCUCUUCGGCGGCGAGCCGGAAGAAAAGGAGGACGGCGACGCCGCGCCAGCGGCCGGUGGCGCCGCCGCCGUCGUACGCGUCGACGACAUGGAGGCGCCGGACUUCGAGGCCCUGCUCCACUUCAUCUACACCGACUCGUUGCCGGAGAUGGGAGGCCGCGGAGGAGACGAGGCGGCGAUGCUGCCGGACAUGGUCGCCGCGGCCAACAGGUACAGGAUGGAGAGGCUGAGGAUGGUGUGCGAGGACAAGCUGUGCAAGUACGUGAACGUGAGAACCGUGGCGGCGAUGCUGGCGUUCGCCGGAGAACACCACUGCCAUGGCCUGAGGAAGAGGUGCUUGGAGAUCCUCGACGAUCCGGCAAGCUUGAGAAACGUCGUGGAGACAGAAGGGCUCGAGUAUUUGACCAAAAGUUACCCUCUUGUUUUGAAGGAUCUAAUUGCCAAGUUCGCUACAAAAUCGUAG